AUGGCGUUGCACGGGCUGUCUGACAUGUGCGCCCCCCAUUGUAUUGGACUGACUGCCCUUCUCGAACCCCGUACUACGUGCGUCCGCAUGAUUGCGGCCUCCACAAUCCAGGCAUCUGACCUCAAACGUAUCGGGCUUCUGGAGCAACUAUCACUUAGCGCAAUGGUAUGGCGCUUAUUCAAAGGCGGAUCCAUGGGUAACGGCUUCGCAGCCCCGCGGCUGAGCCUCAUGUCUUCCAAAGUCAAGGAUUAUGACCUAUCGAUCCUAAGAGCCCUAGCCGAGCUAUAG